CAAGCUCAACCUGGGCCUCCUCAUCGACCUCGGGCUCUGAUUGAAGGUGGUUCUGACUCUACCAAAUCUGGAGGUCAAACUGCUUUUGAGAGGGUUCGAUAUUCUAUCGAGACGGGCCGGAAUAUCUGAAAUCCAACUUUAAAAAUGGCUUCAGAUGGACCAAAUAUGCAGCGUACGACAUUCACUUCCGUCCUCUUCUUCGUUUUCGUCGCAGUUGCUGCAGAGGCGCAACUGUCUACGAGUUUUUAUGACUCCACUUGUCCCCAUGCCGCCUCUAUAGUGCAAGCAAAGGUUGAUGCCUUUGUGGAGAGUGACCGGGGAUUGGCAGCAGCUCUGAUGCGUCUCCACUUCCAUGACUGCUUCGUCCGAGGCUGCGAUGGAUCCGUUCUUCUCAACUCAACCGAUCCUAAUAUUCUCACAGAAAAGUCCGCGCUGCUAAACAACAAUUCUCUUCGAGGAUUUGAACAAAUUGAUGAGAUCAAAAUGGAGCUGGAAUGUGCAUGCCCAGGUGUUGUUUCAUGUGCAGAUAUUUUAGCUCUGGUGGCCCGGGAUGCUACUGUCAAGGUUGGUGGCUGGAGCUGGCCAGUAUUUCUGGGCCGCAUUGAUGGUGCAGGCUCAUUUGCAGAUGAAGUUAAUGGCAGCUUGCCUGAACGGAGGGAUAACUUUACAAAACUUGUAGAAACUUUCGCCAAAGUUGGACUUGACGCUAAGGACAUGAUCAUCCUUUCAGGUGGACAUUCCAUCGGGCAAGUUCACUGCGGCGCCUUCUUCGAGCGUCUGUACAACUUCCAAGGUCUUAAUAUCACCGACCCAUCAAUGGACCCUGAGUUUGCUGCCAUGCUUAAGGCUCAGUGCCCUCCGACCAGACCUUUCGACUUCAUGGCUCUGGAUGCCACCAACGGCACCUUCGACUCUACCUACUAUUUGGACCUUCUGACCAACAAAGGUCUUCUUGAGUCGGAUGUGGCACUUUUGAGCGAUCCUUUGGGAGUAGAGUAUGCGAUCAAAGCUGUGCAGGAUCCCAACACCUUUCUGUUUGAGUUCGGCAUGGCAAUGAUCAAAAUGGGCAACAUUCCAGCGAGCGAUCCUUACGGCUGGAGAAAGCAUUGCGCCUUCACGGAACCAAAGUUUUAGACCCGGGUGAAUUCUUGCGGAUUUGACGACAAUCUGCAAUAAGCACGUUAGGACGUGCUCUCUGCUUCUUCAGGCAGAUCUUAGGAAUAAGUUUCUGUUGCGUUUAUAAUUUCCAUGAAGUCUCAUCAUUUACGAGAUCGUGGUAGAAUUGGAUCUGUUCAGAUUUGUAGAGCUCUAGGCUAUUUUGAGGAAUAGACUGGUUUCUUCUGUACAAAAUUUAUUGAAACAGGCGAAAAUUGAACCGAUGUUUGGAAAUCAAUAAAUAGUAUCCAAUUCGGACAAGAAUGAAGGGAA